AUGCAGUCUCCUGCAGCCACGGACGGUCGCCGCUCACCACAUCGUCAUGACUACAUCGUGCCGACCGCUCCCCUUGAUUUGUCGUUCCGGAACUACAAGUCUCCCCUUGACAUAUCGCCAGAGCACACUGCUAUCGCAAACCAAAGAAAUUCGUUAUGCCGGUCUCCGAAGGCGGCGGCCCGUCCCUCAACUCCUCCAUCCACCUCUCCCCCACAGCCUACGCGGCCCACGUUCAUGAUUGCUCUUGCUCAUAACAAUGGCAUUUGGCCGUCUUCCGCUCUCAAUGGUGUGCCUGAAAACAGCUCUCCGAAAAAGCAUGAAUCGCAAUAUCGGGUAACUUUCUCCGAGGCCGCCCUGAACCGCAGUGGACAGACUCCGACAGCAACCCCAUCAAAGAGUCCUGCGUUUGCGUCUCAUUCUUUCUUCAUGGGCGAGACCUUGGAGCCCCAAACGCCACAACAGACGCUCGCUUCCGGUUGCAGCUCGCCAAAUCUAGCAGGGUUUCGCUCAUCCGUCUGCUUAUCGAGGCAUAGCAGUACUGUGUCUCUCUGUACUCAACCAAGGAACGGUUUUGAAGGAACCGUCAUAGACCUGCAUACGCCUGAGAAAAUCCAUGUGAAACUGACUGUGACCGCUGUACGGCUUUGUAACAAUCAGUUAAGUUCACUGGAGGAGCUCAUUCCAUCUCUAUGUCGCAUAAUGCCGUAUCCAGAAAAGAACCUACAAUGGCUAGAUCUUGCAUUCAAUCAGCUCAAAGUCAUCGAUCCCGUUGUGCAGCAGCUUUCAAACCUACGGACCCUCUACCUGCACUGCAAUCUAAUUGCGAGCUACGCCUCUCUACUGCCAUUGAAGGGCAUUCGAAAGCUCAGGACAUUAACACUCAUGGGAAACCCUCUCGAGCGGGACGAUUACCCAGAUUACAGAAUUGCCGUGAUUGCUACUCUGCCCGACUUGAAGUCGCUGGACCACACCGUCAUCAGUGGCGACGAAAUUGCCGCCGCUGAGCAAUUUCGUCAUGACCAAGAAAUCAAGAGGAGAGGCAGACACGAAAAGGGAACAUAA